UUUGGGUGUGGGGCGCCCAAGGUACUCCCCGGAAGCCUCCCUUCCUUUGGCUGGCAGGCCCUGAAAGACCAGAGCCCCCCAAUAUGAAGGGGGCAGCCCCCAAGAAGAGCGUAUAACUGUCCAAAUGAAUUUGAGAGGAGUGUUGCACUGGCCGCAGAGGCCCAGGUUGCAUAACGCUGUCCUUUUACACCCACACGCGUAGUGUGGAGGAGGAGGAGGAGGAGGAGGAGGAGGAUACAACCUUCACACAGGCAGUAGUCCAAGGCGGCCAUGCUCUGCCCCUCGGACGGCGAGAGCAGCUGCUGCAGCAGCCCCUGCACCACAGCCUCCAGUCGGGGCGACACAGAUCUGGAAGGGGAGGAGAAAACCUGUGCUGUGUGCGGAGACCGGGCCACUGGCUAUCACUUCCAUGUCAUGACCUGUGAAGGCUGCAAGGGAUUCUUCCGGCGGACAGUCAUCAAGGGAGUCCAGUUUACCUGCCCGUUCACCCGCAGCUGCACCAUCACCAGAGCCAAGCGGCGCCAAUGCCAGGCCUGCCGCUACCAGAAGUGCCUGGCCGUGGGCAUGAGGAAGGACAUGAUCAUGUCGGAGGAGGUUCUGCGUCAGCGCCGGGCGCUGCGGCGGCAAAAGCACCAGCGAGAUCAGAGCCCCACGGCUGAGCCGGCUGAAGAGACGGGCCUAACAGCGGAGCAAGAGCAGCUGAUUGGGAUCCUCACCGAAGCGCACAAGAAAAACUUCGACUCCAGCUUCUCCCAGUUCAUCCACUACCAGACUCCAGUGCGCCUGUCCAUCCACAGUCCGAGUUCUUGGAGCCCCCCACAUGGCGCUUUCCCUCCGCUGUGCCCCCUCAGUCCUCAAGAGCCUGUGGAGAGCUACCCGGAGGAGGUCCUGCCUGACGUUUUCUCCAUGUUGCCGCUCUUUGCCGACCUCAGCACCUUCAUGAUCCAGCAAGUGAUCCAGUUUGCCAAGGCCAUACCGUCUUUCAGAAUUUUGCCAAUCGAUGAUCAGAUCUCGCUCCUCAAAGGAGCCACCCUCGAUAUCUGCCAGAUCCAAUUCAACACCGUCUUCAAUGAGGAGACCAAGGCCUGGGAGUGUGGCCAGCACUGCUACACCAUCCAAGAUGGAGCCCUGGCGGGAUUCCAGCAGAUAUAUCUGGAGCCAUUGCUAAAGUUCCACAUCAGCUUGAAGAAGCUCCAGCUGCAUGAGGCUGAAUAUGUCCUGCUACAAGCUCUGGUGCUGUUUUACCCAGACCACGUGAACGUCACGCAGCGAGAGGAGAUCGACCAGACCCAAGAGCGAAUUGCCCUCACCCUGAAAAGCUACAUUGACCAGCGGCACCCUCUGCCUGAAGGCAGGUUUCUCUACGCCAAGCUUCUCUUGCUGCUGACGGAGCUGCGGACACUCAAAGUUGAGAACACCCGCCAGAUCCUACACAUCCACGACACCCAGGACCUCACCUCCAUGACGCCGCUGCUGUCAGAAAUUAUCAGCUGA